CCGAUUUACGCCCGGGACAUUCUGGAACAUCCACGGGGCGAGCGGAGUUCUCAUUUGUUCAACGACAUUCAACUGAAAGUUCAGGUCUAGCCUACUGGCAAGCUAAAUCAAAUGCACCCACCUUGAGCGAAUACAUUUUUUUUAUUAGCCAACCGAAUGAAUUGAUCUUCAACAGCAAGUGGAACAGUGAGUACGUUUUACGCUUCACUUUACUCGAAGUAGGUAGUCAGGCUGCUCUUGUCAACAUGUCCAAGUUUUGAAAUUGACCGUGCCCAGUGUAAGAGAGCGUCCCCCACCCCUAACACCCCCAUGUGUAUCAUCUUCUUCAAGUUCGACCCUCGGCCUGCAUCCAGAAAUGCCUACAGGCUAAUUUUGGCUGCAAACAGAGAUGAGUUCUACAACAGGCCAACCAAAGCUGCAGACUUUUGGGCGAGCAACAGCGAGAUCCUCAGCGGGCUGGACCUGGAGGAGGGGAAGGAAGGAGGGUCAUGGCUGGGGAUCAACAAGAGGGGCAAGCUGGCCGCACUAACCAAUUACCUGGAGGGAAGGCCCAAUUCAGACGCACAAGGAAGAGGGUUCCUGGUGUCCAAUUUCCUGACAGAUCAGAGCCAGGACAGCUACUCCUAUCUGAAGAGGGUGUCAUCUGAGGGACAUCUCUACAAUGGCUUCAACCUCCUCACUGCUGAGUUCAAGGCCAAAGAAGACACUGUGUGUUACUAUGGAAACAGAGGCAGCGCCGAACCCAUCCGUCUAAAUCCAGCAGGAAUCUAUGGUUUGAGUAACUCCCUGUUGGAGACCCCAUGGAGGAAGCUGCAGCAUGGGAAGAGACUGUUUACCAGCGUAGUGAACCAGACACUGCCUUGUGAUGGCCUGGUCCAUGAUCUGCUCAACGUCCUCAACAACGAGGAACUGAACACCCCUGACCCGGCCCAAGAGAGCCAGGGUGAAGGGUACAGCAGCCCCAUGCUCCGGGCCCUGUCCUCUGUGUGUGUUCGCUCCCCACAUUACGGCACAAGGACCAAUACCAUUAUCCUUAUAGACGCAUCAGGGAACGUGACCUUCACGGAGCGCACCAUGCUCAACUGUGACGUCAGCCAAUGGAGCACAAGCUCUUUCCAGUUCAAAAUCCAGGACUGAAGACGGCUAAAUGGGGCUAUAUGGGAAUCACACUGUGCCUUUCUGCAUCCCACCUCCUCCUCCCUCUCCCUCCUUCUCCCACAGCAAGCUCUGGCUUCACAGUAGUGAAAUGAACAUGAAGAUUUAUUUGCCAUUUAAAAUGGUGGAGGUGGGCGAGUGAAAUUAUGGCACUUUUUUGGGAAAGAGAGAUUGAUUGUACUUUUCAAGUAAUUGUCUUUGGGAAAUACGUUUUAGCUUGGCUUAGACAUACGACAGUGUGAAUUGAUCAAAUCAUACAUAAUGGGUGCUAUUCUUAUUUUGUUAAUUUGAUUAAAAUAUUAUUUUGAGUUGUUUGCUUAAAGUUUAUUGCCAAAGAACAAAUGUAAUUUAAUAAACAAAGUAAAUUAUUUACAUUUAACAUUGCAUCUAUUUUCUCAGCACUGGUUUGCUGAGGAAGAACAGAACUAAAAGGUUGAUCAUAAGUCAUUUAUGGCUUUGUGGCUCAGACUGCCUUCUACUAGCCAAGUUUGUUUGUAUCUUCAGUUGAAGUGUAAAACGCUAACACUCAUAGAAGCAGCAGCAGCCAUCAACAUCCUUAUAAAAUGCUGUCAUAAGAAUGACCGGUUUGGUUUCCUAAACUCUCAUGCAGGUGUUUAACUUUCCUGUGACAGAAUUAGGAAGGCAUAUUGUGACAGCCUGCCUUGUAGUAUAAUCGUUAUCAUUGCCACAGAUUUGGACUUUGUGACCGAGGUUUGUUAGUUAAAAGUAAAACAGAGGAAAUCACUUGAAAUGUUUUUCUAAAUGGUAAGCAAAGUGUUUUCUUUGAUAUCUUCCCGCCUUGUUCCACAUACUGCUUAGGAGGGACUGUUUGCCUUGCUGUGAACUAACUAAAAGGAUUCCUUUUGUCACUCACAUCUGUAGUGUUCAGUCUGUGGUUCUUACCCACUUACUCUCCAUCGUAACUCUCACAAAUGUGAAUGACUGUUUCAAUUUGUGUUGAUGAUAUGUAGCAAUGAUGAGGAUCCUUCAGUGGUUUUCUAGGGUUUAUGUUACUGACCUCCGGUAUCCAUAGAAGUACAGAAACCCCUGUUUACCACGUCACUGGUGUCUUGAUAUAAAUUGUGAAUAAAGUACUUUUUCAUGUA